AAGGAAAUGUUUGUGUUGCAGGUGGAAAAGAAGUGCUUGUGAAUGGGUUUUGAAGGCAUUGUGUCUGGUGCCCAAACAUGGGGCUGGAGGAGUUCAUACGAGACGCCUUGCAACCAGGGCAGUCAGGUUCAGCUACACCCGGCCGCGUGUCUGAUGGUUCUCGCGAACGCAUCAGACGAACGGGGAAAAACUUCCUUCCCAGGUGCCUUCAGUCAUUAAUGCAAAUCUUCCUCAUCAUAGAAUUAUGCGGGAUUUGGUUCAAUCCCGUAAACGGAGCAUCGGAUGAGCCAAACGAAAUUGUUAGCCUACAUUCAAUGUGCAAAGGAGAUCGUCUAUCAAAGCGUCGAAUGAUCAACUCGGGCAUUGUUCUUUGGUCUGGUACUGAUCCAAAUAUGAACUGCAAGGUUACGUUCCAAACCGGCACUGCUCUUCAGCAUUUCUUGAUUCGGUUCGACAAUCUACGACUUGACUGCAAUGACAAGCUCCUGAUUUUUGACAGUGAUCAUUCAGACUCCGAACCAAAGUUGCAACUUAGCUGCAAAAAUAUGCCCUCGACUGUUGGAUCAGUACAAAUUCCUUCGAAUCACCUCACCAUAGUUUUCCUUACUGACCAAGAAGGAUUAGAUGAUUUCGGUUUCCGGAUGGUCAUUACUGCGUUCAAGAAGCCCGGCACGUAUGAUUGCCCAGAUUUUGAGUGCGUGCAGAGCGCUGUUUGCAUAAGCUCUGCGUUGGUUUGUGAUGGAGUGAAGCACUGUGAUGAUGGCUCUGACGAAGCUUUGAGUGCAGGAUGUCCCGUUUCUGCGGGAAAUCUGGAGGAAUACGUGGGAAAGAACGGGUUGAUAGCGAUAGCGGUUGGUGUUGGAGGCCUGCUGCUAAUCUGCUUAACCGUGGUCAUUGUCAAGUGCUCUCGUCGUGAUGGAAGAGGCGCAUAUCAACAGAGUCUCCAUCAAAUGCAAUAUCAGAGUGAAGAGGCAUUCAAACGCCAGGCAGGUAGCACUGUGUCACAUCCAGGACACGACAUAAUGCUACGGAAUGGAGUGAAACAAGCGUGUGGAGCGUACGAUGACAUGGAUGCGAUAGGUAUGACAUCUGUUCCGAAUAUGGGAAACGCGGUGCUCCCUGUAGAUGGGAUGAGGUUCGACGGGUACACGGAUCUACAUCUGGGCAAAUGAGCCCUCCUUCAAGCAAAGUAUUGCAGAGCCAGGAAGGCGAAUGGUUUGUUUGAAGAUAUACCACCUGCAGGGAGCUGAAAAACCAAGCGUGUGUCCCGGUUUUUUUCUUUUUAUUGGAAAGGAAGAUCAGGAUGGAAACAGUUUUGUCUGUGCAGUCCGUUGCACUCGCCGUACUGUUCGAAUUUCCCAGCGUUUCUAUGUUUGUAGCUAAACUGAUCGGGAAAUUUCUGUUCGUCAGACUCGUUCCGAUAUCGAAAGCUUUCCAGUCUUGUCCUAACUUCAUGAGGAUAUUUUUCUAGUCGCAUGAACGAAAUAAUUCUGAUCAUCUAGACUUUAGAGUAUCUUUCAAUUUUUCGAGGUGAACCUGUGAAGGAAAUCUGUAUCAGAUUACAUUUGAGCAAAAAUUGGAUCGGCCUCUUGUGACGCUUGAACGACAUUCGCUGUUAUAGAGUUUUAAGAGUAGUUCAACUUCGCGAGUGUGAGUUUCAACUUUGUGUCUUAUUGAAUAUCCCGAGGGCAACGAGAACGAUUUUCCACCCAUCUUUUAAAAAUUGCGUGAAUUGUGGACGUUAUAAUGUUCGUGCAAGUUCAAACCAUAUCGGAAAAAUUAUUUUCGAGAACUAUUGGCGUCCCAUGUAGUGAAACAUUUUAGUAAGUUUCUAAAUCUGCGUUUCUCAGCUUGAAGUUUAGAACUUCAUGGUUAUCUGAAUAGUUUCAAAUUGAUCUGGAAUCUUGAUGAAAUUCUCAUCUGUUCCUGCAUUCCAUUUCUUUUAAUUUAAUAUGAAAGUUGAAAUUAUGUUUAUAGUAAACGUUUUCCCUAGCAUCUUGAUCUUUUUCGAAAUUGCUCAAACAUACAGAUUUUGAAUGUGGUGAAGCAGUUGCGAUCAGUAUUGAAAAUCUCAGGCUGGUUAAGUUGAAGGUUUUGAGGCAGUUUUUGUGUUCAGCAGAUGGUUUUCUGAAUUUCGCGUGAUGGUUCAUUUAUUUCAGAAACAUUUGUAAUUAGAUAUACUGUUUGUCUAGGAAUUGUUCUUAGAUCGACGCGAGAAUCUCGUUCAAAGACAGAUAUUCUGGUCAUCGUACUCUAUGUCGUGAGAUUUUUACUGGUCACGUUUAUUCACUGAUCUCCGUUGUGUUCCUUUUUAUUUGAUGUUCGUACGAAUGUGUAAACUGUUCGUGGACUUGAGAGACCUGAUUGAAGCGUUCCAUUUUGCAGUUCUUGUCUUGUGUAGUAUCAGUUAUCCGCUAAUCGCGUUGGAUCAAGAUCUAGGCUAAACAUUCGCAGCAUUGAGCUAAUGUCGUAUGACACACUUUCGUGCGGCAUGGAAUUUAUCGUGUUCGAUGAUAAGUCAAGAAUGGCUCCUCAUCUCCUGUUCCUACUUCACUUUUUUAAGCAUUCCGUGUGAACUUGCAAAAAUAGAGCUAAUUUUUUCCAACAUUCCUAGCGUCUUUAUUCCGUACGCAGUAGUGAUUUUUUUGAAUAGCGUAGUUCGGUUAUUCAGAAAAGUGUUGGGCGGGUCGCUGUCAUUGAUGUUUCAAAUAUUCUCUCGUUCAUCUCGGGUUUCUGUUUCAAAGGUGAGAAGAAAAUUUACGCGUAGUGCACGAAGAAUCGGUGAUUUUCAUUCUUGAUCUUCUGCUUGAUGAGAUAUUUGAAAUCUCUUAAGCUGUUCAAUUCAGUGAUCGGAAUAGUCAAAAAAAAAUUGGAAACAAUUCUUCGCUUGUUGAGUCAUGUCGUGAACAGUUUUUUUUUUUUUUUUUGCGCGCGAACAAUUCGUCGUAAAUUCAAGUGUAUUCAGUUUGCACUGCCUUGGAAUUU